AAAGAGAAGCGAAACGGCUAAACCCCAAAUUCAAAACCCUCCUUUGAUAGUAGUGACGUUCUUCCAAAAUAGAGCGACAGUCACAGAUAAGGAAAACAUCCACACUCCCCAAACCUCAACCUCAACCUCGUUUUCGCCGGCGUGAAGAAAAUGGCGAAUAUGAGGACGGCGAUGGACGCAGCGUUUUGGGACCUCAACAUAUCUACACCAAAUGCCCUAGACUCGACGGCCCGGUCCAUUCCUGGAGAGCCCAAACCGCUGGAUGGCAGCAAGGCCAGCAGAGCCCUCAGAGUCCAACAACUCUCUCUGCUCGGAAAUGGGUUUCCUCUGGGAAUCAUUCCCUCUUAUUCUCCCACUCCCAAUAAGGAAUUGGGCUCUUUUGCUCUUCAGUCCCUUUUGUUUAAAGCUUCCACUUCUAACUGGUGGCUUGGAUUCAUAGGUCAGUUUCGGCCAAAGAAACUGUUUUCUGACAUUAAAGCAGAGUUAUCCAGUGUAGAUGAGUGGGAGCUGCCAGUAUUAAAAGACAUUGGCAAGCAUUUCUUGGAAAAAUCACUUUAUGCCUUUAAUGUGUGCUCACAGCUAUCCCUGACACCCUCUUCUUCUCUGUUAUUGAGCACUGAAGAACACGGUGAGAAGAAAGGACGGCGCUUCAGGGCCAUGCUUCUUAAUAAGCUUCCUGAGCACGACGUUACUUUGGAAGCAGCAUGGCCUGAGCUAUUCAUAGACCAUAAGGGAAGAUAUUGGGAGGUCCCAGAGUCAAUAUCCUUUGACUGCUCAUCGCUGGUUUCCGAGAAUGGAUUCCGAUAUCGUUUUGGUUUACAUAAAAAUGGUGGCCAUCCUCAGGCUGUGGAUAACAUUACCGAUGAGCCACCACUCAAUCUGAUGCAAGGAAUAUGUGGAAAAGUUGCCUUUUCUUAUGAGAAAAGCGAAGAUCUCUGGAGAGUCAAGGAAAAAAAAGAGGACAUUGUUAUCGAGACAGAUAAGGGACGGAUUUAUCGCCCUUCUUAUGAUAUUCGUCUUAGAGAGCCUCAUGCAGCAGUAUCUGGAAUUAUUGGGGGAACUCUUGAGGCAUGGCUCAACAAUGAUAGCAGUAGCCCGUCGGAUUCUAGGCAUAGAAGGCCCUUUGGUGUUGAUUUAUUUGGUUCGCUUUGUUAUACUUUUCAACAUGGUAAAUUCAAAGAGACGUUCGGAGACCUCACCAGGAUAGAUGCUCGUCUGGAUGUCUCAUCUGCUUCAGCGUUAGCCAAACAGGUUACAAAAGUUUUCAGAAAAGCAGCAGCUGAUAGUGCAAGAGAUGUGCGCUCUUCACCCAGGCUCGAAUUGAUACUUCAGCAACAGGUCGCUGGACCAAUUGUGCUUAGAGUAGAUUCAAAGUUUUUGCUCAAUACGCCGGCUGGCAGGCCUGGCGUACAAUUGGAGGAUUUCAUAUGCAGUUUAAAUUACUCUUUGAGGGUUCUGCAGUCUGGGAAAGUGGUAGCAUGGUAUUCUCCUAAAAGGAAAGAGGGAAUGAUCGAGUUACGCCUAUUUGAGUUUUAGAACUUAACCCCCAAAGUUUACUUUUUAUGUUGAUUGCUGUGUAGUUAGAAUUGUUAUCGCUAGUGAUGCUAUGCUGUGAGCAAACGACCCUUGCAUCGAAUUCAUAGGCAAUUUUUGUUCGUUCUUCAAUACUAGCCACCUUACUUUAGUUAAUUGUUUUUAUAUUUUUCUGAAA